AUGGUGAACGGUGCUGGCAAAAACACCCUAAAAGUAUUACUGAGCUUUGCUGUAGGAUGUCUUCUUGGAGAUGUCUUCCUUCAUCUCUUGCCUGAAGUGUGGGUUGAACAGGCGGAUGUUGAUGGACACCCAUCCAUGAACAAGGGCCUAUGGAUUCUAGCUGGUCUCCUUAUAUUUAUUGUUUUGGAAAAAACUUUUGCAUUCUUGCAAGAAAAUGAGGAAGAGAAGGAGGAUGACAAAUCAGCUUCUAAGCAAUGUGAAGGUGCCACAACAAAAGCUGCAAUUGCUAAUGGAUUUGUGGCUCCUCUUAAUAACAACAACAAUAAUAAUAAUUACUCUGAGAAAACCAUUGUGGGCAAUGGACAUAUUGAGAAUGAUCCCCUUACUUUGCAAAAGAACGCAAAUCCUCCACGUCAAAGAACAACUUCUAUUCAUGUCAGUGGAUAUUUAAAUCUCAUGGCAAAUUCUUUUGAUAAUUUUACACACGGCCUAGCCGUCGGUGGAAGUUUUCUUGUCUCUUUACCCCAUGGAGUCCUGACGACGUUUGCCAUUCUUCUCCACGAAAUACCCCACGAAGUGGGAGACUUCGCAAUUCUUUUGCGUUCUGGCUUCACCCGAUGGGAUGCUGCCAAAGCGCAAGUGUCAACUGCUGCUGCAGGGAUCGUUGGAGCACUCACAGCUGUAUUUAUUAGUGGCACUGCUGGGACAAUAGAGGCACGUACUUCAUGGAUGCUGCCUUUUACCGCUGGCGGCUUUCUUCACAUAGCACUUGUAACAGUGUUGCCAGACCUCUUGAAGGAGGAGAACCCAAGAGAAUCCUUCACACAACUAGCUUCCCUUUUGUUCGGAAUUGGUGUAAUGGCAGCUUUACAUGUAAUAGUAGAAGAAUAAAUUUUGAAGACAAUUUCAAAAGUAACAAACUUUGAUCUCCUGCUGGUGGGAGUCAAAGUUGUGUGGGUAAUAUUAGUGUAUAUUAGGGUACCUAAAAAAAUUAUUGAUGAAAUCUGUUACAAUGCAGAGACAAAUGCUCAAACUGGUCAUCAAUGUCACUUGAGCAAAAUCAGAAGACUGCGUAAUUUCUAUUUCAAGUGCUCUGCAGGAAAUUUGUACAGUUUUGUCUUGCACAAUAAGAUCCUUAAGAAUCUUGAUUACCUGCAAAAACAUUUUAAUUAAAAUAUGAUAUUUGAAGAAAUGCCAAAUAAUGCAAUUGAUACCUGAAUUUAAAUGAAAUAGGAAGUAAGCAUAACUUCAUUUUGAAUCAAGCUCCUUAUGUAAUAUACUUAAAUAUAUUGUACUAUUAUUGUAAUUUGUUAAAUUUAUAUUCAUAAAGUUUACAGCUUGUAAAUAAAAUUUAUAAAUGAAAACUAUGAACUUCUACUAAAUAAUGAAUAAUAUUGUGAUAUACAUAGCCAUUUUUUUCCUCAAACUCUGCAUCCAGUAAAUGUGUAGCUUUUGUAGAGCAAUCUUACUUUCAACCAUUCAGCAUUAAUGCUGAUGCUCACAUACAAAUAUUACAGAAAAUUGUGAUAUUAUCUAUAUAUGAGAAUAGCGUAUAUUGUGUCAGCUACUUCUCUUACAUAUAAACCUUUUGCAUUAAGUUACUUUCAUCUCAUCUUUGUCAAAGAUUGGACUAAUGUUAAGGGAAGUUUACCUCUCUAUGCUUCAGUUAAAUAAUUGUUCAACUUGAUUUAUCAGUACACAAGAAGUGGAAAGUCAUAACAAUAUACCUAUUAAUGUUAAUGUUAUUAUUUUUUUAUUAUUACUAUUAUGGCAUAAGUAGAAACAAUUAACAUAAUUUAGAUCAGGGCGUAUUAAAAAUUGCAGAACUUUUGCUGGCGUAGUUAAGACUACAUCAAUUGCAUUUUUUUGACAUUUUCUUUCUCUGGUACUUCAUAUUAUAGUACUAGUACAAAAAAAUCCAAUUUCUGUACUGCUAAAUAAAAGUAGGCUUAUAGUACCAGUAUUUUGAGAAUUAGGUUUCUGACAUCUAUAAAUGGAAUUUUAAUACAAAAAAUCUCCAAUCUUUCAAAAUAGUUUAAUUUCUUGUAAGUGUAAAAUAGUAAAAGCAGUGAACAUGCAGAAAGUCUUCAAAUUACUUCCUUUGAGAAGAAUCUUAUUGACACACAACCAAUCAGUACUACUGAUUGAAAGCAAUCAAAUGGUCCAAAUAAAUGUAUUGGAUUUUCAAACAAAAUUUCAAUGUUUUUUUAAUAAAGACCUACAUCUUGACAAUAGAUGCAAACUUUGCAUGUUACACAAGGACUUACAUUACAUAUCAUCAAAAAGAUAUGAUUAUGCCAUCUAUUUUGUAUGUUUUGUUCAUUUCAAAAUGUAGAAGUAGAAGACUCUUUAAAGUUCUAAAAUUGAACAUUAAUUUUUUUAUUGGAAAAUAGAGAGGAAAAUUUGCAUGGAAAAUGUUAUGAGGUUCUUAGAGUACCUGUGUGAGAAAGAAAACUAAGGUGCAAGAAGCAAUUUUUGACUUGGUGAUAUUUUUGUACAGAUGAAAAAAUGUAAAAAAUGUUCAAUAAAUGUAAUUUGUUUUGGUAACAAAAUUUUCUUUCCCCUCUUCAUUUCCUUAAUGAUGAUACAGACUGGAAAAAAUUGUAGUAUGAAAUGUUAAAAUAUGCAUACUGAAAACAUUAAGAAUAUGUAAUAAAUUUGUAAAAUCGG